CAUGAUGCACAUGGUCGUUCCUAACCAAUCUGAAUUGAACCCCUUCUUGCCUUUCAAGUCCCUGGAUAUUUCUGAAUCAAAAUAUCUUGGUCUGUUCUAUUUUUUGCUUCGUCUGCAUCAUUACAUCGUCAAACGACUUUCCUAAACGACUCCACCUCCCAAUUACGAUCCGCGACCGAUACGAUACGACACGACUUCUGGGACUUUGUCGGAUUAGGACCCAUCUCCAUCUCACAAGCUUGCGGAGAACCAGGGACCGCGGCCGCCCGUGCUACACUGCUACCGUACGGUUCAGGUUCAGUACGGACGGUACCUUACCAUACAAUACCCACGUAUUCGUACAUACCAGGAUCUCUCAUUUUCCCUCUCGUCUUUCUCUUUUCUCAUUUUACGCUCUUCGUGCCUGCUGCCAGAGCCUGGCAACAGUAAUCGAAUUAAACAAGCCACAGCAUUUCUCGACCCUAUCAACCCAUCGGCUUCUCAGAGCCCGUGGAACGUGGCUCAUCUUGUCUCAGGCCCCGAGGUCUCACAGUCACCCGCUCGGAUCUCUCACUUGUCUCGCCGCCCUCCAGCUCCAGCUCCAGCUCCCGUCCGUCGUCCCCCGUUUGGCACUCACGGCCGUUUCCCUGACUGGAUUGGACUGGCUUGUCGUCACUCGUCGGCUCCGGAGGGUCCGCCCAUCUCUCUCCAUUCCCUCUCCAAACUCUCUGAGGGAUUGACUUUUCCACGUCUGGUCGGUCUCGCAACGGACUUGUCGUCUCAUCUUGACCUGUCACGCCAGGUCAGGUCACGUCUUUCUCUGCCCGGGCCGAGAGCACAGGACGUAUUCAACUGACACACAUACGCCCGAUCACAAUGGACUCAUUUAUUCCAAUGUCCGCCGCCGCCGCCGCCGGUUGGGGUCAACCACUCGCGACAAAAUCGCCAGCGUCUCGGCGGUCAUUAGGUCAUUUUCGAUCUCUCUCCUCCAUCGCAGCGACCCCUAGCUAUCACCCUCGAACACCUUCGCUCACUCCGGACCACACCCCGAUUAAAUCUUCCUCCUCGACACAUCUACCGAUUGUCUCACCGAACCCGCCUACAGAUUUUGGAGAUGAGAUGAGCACAAUACCUGAUCCUCGAAGUCGUGCUAUGAGCCCGGCCGAUGACAGCGGUGUCGCGACUCCCAGUCAUCACCCCGAUCUGAAUGACGAAGUCGCCACCCUCAGUAAUAAGCUCAUCAACGCUAUUAAUCACCAAACCGUCCUGGACGACUCAUUAUCCGCCGCUCGCCACGAACUUGAUGCUGCACGGGAACGAAUCCGCAUGCUUGAGACUCAAAAUGCCUCACAACGCGAAAUGUUGGCUGGUGACGUGUGGGUUCGCAAGCACACCGUUGAGGACGAAAAGAAGGUGUGGCAGGCCAAGGUCGCCGCGGAACGUCAAAAGCGACUUGACACAGAAUUGGAAAAGAAGAAGAUCGAGCAGGAGCUCGAGAAUCUUACAGCUGCAUUGUUUGAAGAAGCAAACAAGAUGGUGAUUGCUGCCAAGGAAGAGGCAAAGGCUGACCAUGAGGCUCUUCAACGCAAGAAUGACCAACUCAAGUCUCAGCUUGCCGAUACUGAGAGCAUUCUAAAAUCUCAACAGGAGCAACUCGUCGAGCUCAAGCACGUUAUGGAGCAUAUGGCUUCGGAACGAGGAGAUCAUAAUAACCCCACUGCUCCCUCUUCUCCCGGCUUGACGAAACCUGAUACUCGUGACGAUCUUCGGUCUUCAACCGAGGAGCCUGCUGCUUCACUCUGGAGCGCUUCCGUCGAGCCUGCUCACCCGACCAGCUUCUCGCAUCUUCUCCAACCCGUUCUGCGAACCGAUUUGUCGUCAUAUGACGAUUUUCUUAUACUCGCACGGACUUCUCGAAAUCGCCCUGGCAGCCGCGUUUCUUCAGGUUCAGUCGGUGCUCUGAAUGCUCUGACUGGCUUUGGACUUGGUGGUUCAAUAUCGAGCGCCCAUCCCUCCAACGCCUCAACUACCUCGCUUGGCACACCUAUUGCUGGGGCCGGAAGUGCACCUCAGUCUCCCAACACACCGGCCUCUACCGUCAGCGCUGCUUCAAAUGCAUCAGCUACCCCUCUGCCAAGCUUGAAGGAAACAAAGUUUUACAAGCGAGUUCUGGCUGAAGAUAUCGAGCCUACACUUCGUCUAGAUAUGGCUCCAGGCUUGUCAUGGCUGGCUCGUCGAUCCGUUAUCGCCGCCAUCGCUGACGGAUCUCUGGUGGUUGAGCCCGUACCAACCACUGGCAGUCUUGUGGCGCUGACAAAGCCGCAAUUUUACCCAUGUGCACUCUGCGGUGAUUCACGCAAGGACCCUCAGUAUUUACGAAACCAUCGAUUCAGAACCAGUGAGACUGAUUCCGCUCAACGGCACCCGUUGUGCAAGUACUGCCUGACUCGCGUACGGUCAACUUGUGACUUCUUGGGCUUCUUGCGUAUGGUUAAGGAUGGUCAUUGGCGAGCGGACAAUGAGGAUCAUGAGAAGGCUGCCUGGGAGGAGAGUGUACGACUCAGGGAGCAGAUGUUCUGGUCUCGCAUUGGUGGUGGUGUUAUUCCAUGCAUCCCGGCGCCCCUCUCUGUCGACAUGGAAAAGAGCCCGCGUAACAGCCAUGACGGCAGUGUAAGGUCUGACCAUCUCGAAGUUCCUGGCUUUCAAACACCACCGAUGACGAUAGAACGGACACGAAGCGAUACAACCAAGAGUGGCCCGAUCGAGGAGCCACACACACCUCCUAUGCAAACUGAUGGAGCCAGAAGUGUGCGCAGCUCCGUCCAGAGUCUCGAUGUGAAGAGCAACUCUGGCUCGGAGGAAACAAAGCGACUAUCUAUCACGAUUCCGACUACGGAUUAAGAAUCUCACAUCCUUCAAAGUCCCUUGGAGUCGGUGAUAUCGACGCCACUGUGGACUUUGUGUAUGACUAUGUAUACUAUUUUGGGCUACAGGAUCGCAUGCAUUGUUUUGGAUUGCACCUUUUCGGUGCUACUACUCUAUGGGCUGGUGGGAUUAACUAUUAUGAGCUCAGGGGAUGGUAGGCCCCUAAUAUUUCCUUUUUGAACGAAUAUGGCACGGAAAUUGGAUGGAUGGAAGGAUUGGAAGCAAGCAAUCAUUUGGUCGUUUAUGGACUGCGUGCUUUCUUCUCAGAUGGGAAUUUCAUUGCUGGCGUUUGAUGGAAAUAUGCGCAUCAUUCAUUCGGGGCGGCGCAACGACAUGGGAAAUGGGCCUUUCUUUUUGGAAUGAUGUACUUGUCCUCUGCUUUUUCUUGUUAUCCAGAGCGUUCAUGAUUGGGUUGCUGAUAUUGCGCAACAAGAGCGCACAAUACGCAGGCAUGCCUUGGCAUUCUUACACAAUAGAUUACUCAAGGCCGUCAAGCAUGCCCUCUGACGAUGCCCUUUAGUUGUAGUAGUAAUAGAUAUGAUACCAACUACAACAGACUUGUCCUUUGUAACACUCUGGUAUCCAACUUGAACUCUCUGGCUAAUGGACUCUCAAUAGCUUCGAGGCUUGCACUAAUGAAGUUGUAUCAGGAACACUACGAUUAUGCAUUCUUCACUACAAAUUAGACAAGAC